UGUUUUACUGACUUGUGUUUUGGCGCUUCAGCGCGCCGUUUGGAGUUUCUGGACAGAAACAUGUCCGCCUCCUCCUCCUCCUCCUGUGCUGCAGCAGCUGCUGCUGGCGGGAUUCAGGGCUCUCUCCUCAAACUCCACUCUUUUCUAGGAGACACAGAAACUAGAAAUGCCGCUCUCAUAUGCCACGAUAUUAUUGGAGACCUGGGUCAGGAGUGCAUGAUAACCAAGAGCGAGAACGAGCUGGUUUUUCAGACCUCCUUGUUGUUUGCCAAGGAUGAGGGGUUGCUCAGCUUCCUCCGGAAGUCCUUGUCCUAUGAAGAGCUACGGGACACCAGGGUUGACAUUCUCAAUCUGUUGGGCACGUUCCUGCAGAGGAUGGCUGUUGGUGUUAAAGGAUGGGAGAAGAACUACGCUGUCGAAAUGAAGGAUACUUGCCUUGUUGUCUACACGAAGGAUAAAGCUGCAAAAUGUAGAGGGCCUGCUUUAGACUUACUUAUCAAGGUGCUCUAUGCGACUAAGGACUCAAGUGUUGCUCAAGACUUCAAAAUUGGGGACAUGUUCAACAAAUUUUAUGGGGAGUUGGGUCAGAAAACUAAGUUACCCGACACAGUGCUGGGUAAUCUUUAUGAACUUCUCGGAGUGUUGGGUGAAGUGCACCCCAGUGAGAUGGUCAACAAUUCAGACAAACUGUAUAAGGCCUACCUGGGAGAACUGAAAGGACAGAUGACCUCGACUACGAAGGAACCCAAACUUCCUGUUGUUGCUGGUUGUCUAAAGGGGAUCACAGCACUGAUGGUGAACUAUACCAAAUCAAUGGAGGAAGAUCCUGUAACCUCGAAGGAAAUCUUUGACUAUGCACUGAAGGCUAUCUGCCCACAGACUGAGAUGAAGCGUUAUGCAGUCACCUUUGCUGGGCUUAAACUCUUUGCGAAGCAUGCAGGCCAGUUCAGUAGCUGCCUCAUGGACCACUACAGGACUGUGUUUGACGUCAUGUCAAAACUGUGUGGACACAUAAACGGUGAAAUGAAGAAGACAAGCUACAUGGCUCUAGAGUCUUUCCUUAAACAGGUUGCCAUCCUUGUGGCUGAGAAUGUUGAGCAGCAUCAAAACAAGCUGAAGUUCUUCAUGCAGAAGUUUUGUUCUAUUAUCAGGACAAUGGACUCCAGUAACAAAGAGCUCUCCAUUGCUAUCAGAGGAUAUGGAUUUUUUGCUGCUCCCUGUAAGGUGGUGUGUCCUCAGGAUGUAGAUCUGAUGUACACGGAGCUCAUCCAGCGGUGUAAGCAGAUGUAUCUGACUGAGUCAGACCAGGAUGAUGAAAAUGUUUACCAGCUGCCUAGCUUCCUGGACUCCAUAGCUAGUGUUCUGAUCCACCUGGACAGGGUCCCUGAAGUGUACACAUCAGUGCUGGAGCGCCUUUUAGUCGUUCAGAUUGACACUUUCCCUCAGUACAGCCAGAGGAUGCAGUAUGCCACGUGCCGCUCCAUCAUCAAGGUGCUCAUAGCCAUGGCAGCCAAGGGCCCAGUCCUUUGGAGUUUCACCAGUUCUGUGGUUCACCAAGGACUGAUCCGGGUGUGCUCUAAACCAGUUGUUCAAGUUCAGGAGGAGAACGCUGCUCAGGGUCAAGCCAAGAGUGAGGAGGAUGCAGCAGAGCCCACACUGGUGCGCUCUGGGAAAUGGAAGGUUCCGUCAUGUAAGGAUUAUCUGGACCUCUUUAAAGGGCUUCUAGACUGUGAGAAUCUGAAGGACACUGGGUUUCUUGAUGGAUCUGCUGUAAUGAAGAACUACAGCCUAAAGGCUCUAAACAGGCUCUUGUAUGAUGCACUGGUGCAGUCCAUCUUGAAGAUUGUGGAGAAGCUUGAUCUCUCUGUGCAGAAAGUCAACGCAGAAGAUGAGGGACAAAGCGACAUUGGCUCUGGCCUUAUUCCCUCAUCAGACCCCACCACUAACCUGAUGCCCAACAAACCCAAAGAUUUCACUGCCUUUAUCAAUCUGGUGGACUUUUGCAGUGAAUUGCUGCCUUCAAAGAACCCGGAGUAUUUUACUCAGUGGAUGUACCCAUUGUGCCAUGAGCUCAUCCUGCAGUCCAUACGCUUCCCUCUGGUCAGCGGCUUCUAUAAGCUCCUCUCUCUUGCUAUGACUAUUGGCAAGAAGAUCAAAUACUUUCAGGGUCAGGGACCCAAAAGCAUCGGUGAAGGCUCUCCAGCUGGACGGGCCUGUUUCGCAGUUAUCUCAAAGUUUGGGAAGGAGGUGUGUGUCCGUAUUAAACAGUAUAAAGAUGAGCUUCUGGCAGCAUGUCUGACUUUUGUGCUGUCUCUCCAUCCUGACAUGGUGGCUUUGGAAAUCAAAGCUUUCAUCCCUGCACUACAGGCUGCUCUGCGGCUCGGUCUGAGCCACGCUCCUCUAGCUACUGCGGCGCUGGAUGCCCUGGAGUCCUGGUCCUCCCACAUCCCCUUCUCCAUCAUACAACCCCAUUAUGCGGACAUACUGCCCCACCUUGAUGGCUACCUCAAAACAGCCGCUGCUACCGAUAAAGAUGAGAGCAGUAUGAAUGUUACCUUUGUGUCAUCGGGCACUCAGAAGGGGUACGGCAAAGUAAUGAUGAGGCUUCUGCAGAAGUCAAAACACCUGCCUAUGGGGGACGAGUCUCCCAUUGCUGCAGUGCGCCGACGGGUGGUGCAGCUAUUGGGCCAUCUUGGAGGGCAGCUCAAUAGGAACCUUGUUACAGCCAUUUCUGCGGAGGAUAUGAUGAAGCGCUUUGUGGCAUGGGACAGUGAGAAAAGACUGAGUUUUGCUGUACCCUUUAAGGACGUUAAGCCCAUAAUCUACCUCGACCCUUUCUUGCCACGAAUCACUGAGCUUGCACUCUCUUCUAGUGACAGGCAAACUAAGGUGGCAGCUUGUGAGCUCCUCCACAGUGUGGUGGUGUAUAUGGUUGGAAAAGGGGUUCAGAUGGCUGAGGGGGAGACGUCCACUCCACCCAUGUACAAUCUACACAAGCGAAUCUUCCCAGUGCUUCUACGCUUGGCCUGUGAUGUCGAUCAGGUGGCAAGGCAGCUCUUCGAGCCUCUGGUGAUGCAGUUGAUUCACUGGUUCACCAAUAACAAAAAAUUUGAAAGCCAGGAUACAGUGGCAGUGCUGGAAGCCAUUCUGGAUGGAGUGGUGGACCCCCUGGACAGCACUUUGAGGGACUUCAGUGGCAGGUGCAUCCAGGAGUUUGUAAAAUGGUCAAUCAAACAAACCACCCCAAAGCAGCAGGAGAAAAGCCCAGCCAACAUCAAGUCCUUGUUCAAGCGCAUCUACAGCCUUGCCUUGCAUCCCAAUGUGUUCAAGAGACUGGGAGCUGCAUUGGCCUUUAACAGCAUCUACAGGCACUUCAGAGAGGAAAACUCUCUUGUGGAGCAGUUUGUCUUUGAGGUGCUGGUGGUGUUUGUGGAGAGCUUGGCUUUAGCACACUCGGAUGAGAAAUCUCUGGGAACUGUUCAACAGUGCUGCAGUGCCUUAGACCACCUCAAAAGGAUAAUCGAGCACAAGGCAGACUCCCUUAAUCAGAGCACGAAGAGACGCACGCCCAGGGGCUUCCCGCCAGAGCAGACGGUGAGUCUCUGUGAUGUGGUCAUGUGGCUGCUGACCCAGUGUGGGCGUCCACAGACUGAAUGUCGGCAUAAAUGCAUGGAGCUCUUCUAUGAGUUUGUCCCGCUUUUGUCAGGUAAACCUUCACCUGCACAGUGGCUGGAAGAACAGGUUAAAAAAGAAGGGCAGAGGUUUCUAAUUGCGCGUUUGGAAGGAGGAGGACUGCUGUGUCAGCCCACUCUCAGAGAAGUUGAAGCUCCAUUCAGUGUCAGAGCUGCCCUGCAGUGGAUGGAUCUCUUGCUGGCUACUCUUGACUGCUACAACACAUUUACUGGCCUACGCCUCAUCCAGCCCCAGAGAAUUCUGGAUUCUAGCGAGAAGUCCAGCUUUCUGCCUGCAAUCCGUUUCUUCCUGACAGAACUAGCUAUGCAUGACAUGAAGGCGGCCUCAGCCUGUUUCAGAGUGUCUGACUCUACUUCACCUCACUUCAGCCAUAGAGAAAGAGAGCUGUACAACUACAACAAGUGCACCAUUGUUGUGCGCCUGCUGGAGUUCUCCACCAUGGUGCUGCUCAAGUGCCAGCAGGACCUUUGGAAGCUCCUGGAAAAGGACAUUUUCAACUCAUCCUUCUUCACACUGCUCACCAUGACUGUGUGUGAACCUUUUGUUGUCGGUUUCAACAUGGCUGAUUUGGAGGUGAUGACUCGGCUGCCUGAAGUCUGUGUUCCACUGCUGAAGGCCCUCGUAUCAACGCCCUACAGGACAUAUCUGGAGAACAGCAUUAGGAAGAAGAUAACUGCUCAAUGUGUGGAGGAAUUGUGUGCGGUGGAUCUGUAUGACCCAGUUGCACAGGACAGCCAUGCCAAGCUGGAACUGUUACUUUCAGCCUGCAAACAGCUUCACCAGUGUGGUCUUCUCAACUCCAUCCUUCAUAGCCAAGAUGCUGGUUAUUGCAGCUCUCUAGGUUCUAAACUCCUCACUGCAGUCUACAAAGGCAUUGCACCUGGAGAGGACAGGAAGUCCCUGCCUUCCAUGGAUGUUACCAGCAGGAAGUUGGCUAAUGGUUUGGUACAGCUGGCUUUCUCACUUGGUGAUCAAACUGAGCAGCUGGUUGGCCUAUUGCUAAACUCAGUUACUCUGUCAGUGCCUCUUUCUGGCAGCCUAAACCCUCAUUUCCUCAGUUUCUCCCAUGGAGAGUACUUCUACAGCCUCUUCCAAACCACCGUUAACACAGAGCUUCUUCGCUGCCUGGACCACUCCGUGCCCCUGUUGCUCACUGCGGCCACACAGAGCCCCAAUAUGGUUAGUGUCCUGCUCAAUGGCAUGUUGGACCACAGUUUCCGUGAACGUUCGGUUAGGAAGACUCAAGGCUCUCGACUGGCAGCGCAACUACUGAAGGGGUGGGGCUUGCUGAAACCAUGGUGGGACAGCCCGAACUCCUCACCGGAGAGCAAAACCUCCAUCCUUACUUUGCUUUCCAAAGUUCUGCAGAUCGACUCUUCAGUUUGCUCAGACACCAAUCAUCAAGCUUUUAGUGCAGUCUUUUCUACCUUCACGACACUCAUCACUGACACAGCUCUACCCUUAAAUCUGAAGAGCCAGGCCCUGAUCAUCCUGCCCUUCUUCACCAAAUUACCCAGCGGCCCUCUGGAGGAGCUAGAGAGAGCUCUGGUGGCUCUUGUGGCUGCACAUUUCCCCAUGCAGUCAGACGAGUUUCCUCGUGGAUCGCUCCAGUGCAAUAACUACAUGGAUUGCAUUCGUAAGUUUUUAGAUGCCUUGGAGCUGUCUCAGAGUCCUGUCCUGCUGAUGCUAAUGGCAAAAGUCCUGUGUCGUGACAAAAAGCACAUCAUGGAGGACCAAUUUCAGAAGUGCUUCCAAAGAAUUGCACGACAGUCGAGCUGUGAGGGUCAAGUUCUCCUCCUGUGCACCAUCUAUCAGAUGUUCCAGGCCAAAGAUGUUCCCAUGAACUCCAUGCUCAUGGGUUUGCUGGACAGAGUGCUGGUCCCACUGACGACUCACUGUAGUGUUAAGGGUCUGUCGCAGUUCUUUAUCACCAAUGUGGCUGCUGUCAUGACUACUCUACAGGCACGCUUCACCAAAGUUGUAGAGUCUGCUUUCGAGAGCCAAAUCAUCAUGAAGAUUGGCUGCUGUAAACUGCUGGAAUUGCUUUAUUCUCGUCUGCCAAAAGAAGAGAUCUACUCCAAAGACUCAGCCAUCAAUCAGGCAUUCUGUGGACCAGUCAAAGCAGAGGGAAAUGAGCUGUCCAAAAACCUACUCAAGUCCUGUUUCGAAGCUUUCACUGAGAACAUGAAAGGAGAGACCGCUCUGUUGGAGCUGAGGAGGCAGUUUCAUUGCGCUGCUUACAACUGUGCAGUUGCCCUCAUCAGCUGCAGCUUCAACGAGACCAAGUUCUACCAGGGCUUCCUCUUCACUGAGAAACCAGAGAAGAAUCAGUUCAUUUUUGAGAACCUAAUUGACCCACACAGGACAUACAAUUUUCCCAUAGAGAUUGAAGUUCCCAUUGAAAGGAAGAAGAAAUAUGUCAUGAUUAGAAAGGAAGCAAGUGGAGAAAAUGGAGAUGCUCCAGUAUACCUUUCAUCCCAGUCCUACAUGGCUGACAGCAGCCUCAGUGAGGAGAUGAGCCAGUUUGAUUUCUCUACUGGAGUCCAGAGCUUUUCCUACUCCCAGAAUUCCACAGGACGCCGUGGUGGCAGCAGAGCAAGGGAGCGUGUAGAGGUCCUACAUGAGGAUGAAACAGUGGAGUUGGAGAUGGAUGAGCUGAACCAGCACGAGAGCAUGGCCUCCAUGACUGCUCUGUUCCGUCACAUGCAGAGAAACAACAUCACACCUAAAGUUGAGGAAGGUGUGAUACCCAGUGAUCUGCCUCCCUGGAUGAAAUUCCUACAUGGGAAACUGGCUAAUUCAUCCACUCCUCUGAAUAUUCGCCUGUUCAUCGCCAAACUUAUUAUCAAUACAGAGGAGAUGUUCCGUCCCUAUGCCAAGCAUUGGCUAGGACCACUCUUACAGCUCGUGGUUUCUGGCAACAAUGGAGGAGAAGGCAUCCACUUUAUGGUGGUGGACAUCGUGGUCACUGUCCUCUCUUGGACCAGUGUGGCCACUCCAAAGGGAAACACUAGAGAUGAAGUCCUGGCCCAUCGUCUAAUAGAGUUUCUGAUGAAAAACUGCUUCCAUGCCAAAAGGGCAGUGUUCAGGCAUAAUCUGGAAAUUAUCCGCACCAUGGUGGAAUGCUGGAAAGAUUGUUUGCAUAUCCCAUAUAAUCUAAUAUUUGAGCACUUUUCUGGAACUGACCCCAACAGCAAAGACAACUCUGUUGGGUUGCAGCUCUUGGGUAUAGUGCUGGCCAACCACCUUCCCCCCUAUGAUGCUACUUGUGGUGUUGACCAUGACAGGUACUUCCAGUCUCUGGCCAACAAUCUGUCCUUCAUCAGAUAUAAAGAAGUCUACUCUGCUGCGGCGGAGAUCAUUGGGUUAACCUUAAACUACAUGAAAGACAGGGACAAUCAAAACCAGGUUCCAUUGUUAGAUGCAACUGUUUCAAAGCUGAAUGAUUUGAAGAAGAAGGAUCUGGGUGACAAGUUUGUCAUUUGUUUGAGCAAAGUGUCCAGGCACUUCCCACCUCUGGUAGCUCGCUUUGUGAAUGCUGUUUUCUACUUGCUGCCGAAACUACAUGGCUUGUUGAAGACUCACUGUCUGGAGUGCGUCCUUAGCUGUGCUGACUCCAUUCCUGAUAUCUUUAUGCACCUCAAAACCAAGGGCUUUGUCCAAAUUAUGGCCCAUAGAGACGAGACGAGGCAGCGGGUGUGCCUGGACAUCGUACAUAAAAUAUUAGCCAUUCUGAAGCCAGAGGAGCUAAAGGAGAUUUUGGGGGCUGUCAGUGCCUUUGUCUCUCACCCCUCCCCUGUCUGCAGAGAGAGGAUGUAUGACAUCCUCAUGUGGAUCCAGGACAACUACAGCGAUGCUGAGAGCAAGGAGGACAGUACAUCUAUGGAGGUGCUCAAUGCAGCCAAGGAAACACUCCUCCAAGGUCUGACAGAUGAAAACCAGGGUUUGCAGCUGUAUGUACGGAACUUCUGGAGUCACGAAAGGCGUCUGCCUCCUGCUACACUGGAACGGAUGCUGAUGGUGCUGGGAUCUCUAUACUCGCCCCGCAUUGAGGAACGAUUUCUUAGCCUGGCCACAGAUUUGCUACUUGAAAUGACCAGUCAAAGUCCUGAUUACACACGCAACAUGUUCGAGUUUCCACUCUCUGAAUGCAAGUUUCAGGACUAUACAAUCAUCUCCAACUGGCGGCUGCGGAGCACGGUCCUCACGCCCAUGUUCAUGGAAACCCAGACGACUCAGGCUGGGGGUACUCAAAGUUCAGACAGUGCAAGGUCGCAGGCGACCAUCUUGAAGGGCCAAAUCCGAGCCACUCAGGCCUCUUUGGAAUUCUCCCAAACUCAGGCUCCUGGUGCAGGUCGGCGUUCAGCAUACAACUGGUUGACUGGCAGCAGCGUGGACACUCUGGCAGAUUACUCCCUGUCCUCUGACUCUUUGUCCUCUCUACUUGUGUUUGAGAAGAAGAGAGCAGAGCGGCCCCUCGCCUUACGAGCAGUGGGUGCUGGCUUUGGCUCUAGACGUCUCACUGCUCCCACUGACGAGAUGGACAGCCGUAGUGCAGCUGAUCGGGAAAAGCGUGCAGACAUCCUGAGACUGAAGCGAAGGUUCCUGAAGGACAAAGAAAAAGAGAGCAUAAAAUUUGCAAAGAGGGAAAUCCAGUCACAAAAAAGUGAAAAGGAGAAAAGGGCAGACCAGAAAUUACGACGAGAAGCCCAGGUCACCUUGUACCGGAGCUACAGGGUGGGAGACCUGCCUGACAUUCAGAUCCAGCAUAGCAGUCUUAUUGCUCCUUUACAAGCACUGGCACAAAGGGAUGCCACUCUGGCCAAGCAGCUGUUCAGCUCGCUGUUUUCUGGUGUCCUGCUUGAGAUGGAGGGAUCCAAACCAUUUAAAGAGAGAGAGGGAGUUCUAAAGAACCUGCUGCAGAAGAUCAACAACUUCCUGCACACGAGCACUAUGUACUUCCCACCUUUUAUUUCUUGUGUUCAGGACAUGUGCUAUCAGCACAGAGCCUUACUGGACAUUCAGCCUGCCAGCGUCAGUGCCAGCUGCCUAGCCAGCCUGCAGCAGCCCAUGGGCAUUCUCCUCCUGGAGGAGAGCCUGCUGCGCUCUAGCAGCAUGCCUGAUGAACCUCCUUCCAAACGGGCUCGGGGCAAAAAGGAGCUGCCCCCAGACACAGAGAGAUGGAUUCAUCUAGCAAAGUUGUAUAGGUCUUUGGGGGAUUAUGAUGUUGUGAGGGGCAUCUUCGGAGGAAAGAUUGGCACAAAGUCCAUUACAUGCACUGCACUGCAGGCAGAAGCAAAAAGCGACUAUGCUGAGGCAGUGAAGCUCUACAAUGAGGCACUGAACACUGAGGAGUGGAUGGAUGGAGAACCCACUGACACAGAGAAAGACUUCUGGGAGAUUGCAGCUCUGGAGGCCUACAAUCACCUGACAGAAUGGAAGUCUUUGCGGUACUGUGCUACAGUAAAUAUUGACGACAGCUCGCCUAUUAACCUGAAUAAGAUGUGGGAUGAUCCUUUUUAUCAGGAAACAUAUCUGCAGCACAUGAUGCGCAGCAUGCUGAAGCAGUUGCAGCUGGGUGAAAGGGACCAGUCUCUCCUUAGCUUUGUGGAUGCUGCCAUGAAGGUGGAGGAGCGCAAACUGGUGAUGGAAACGCACUACAGUCAAGAGCUGAGUCUGCUGUACAUCCUGCAAGAGGACUAUGACCGAGCCAAAUACUAUGCCCACAACUGCAUGCAGGUCUUCAUGCAGAACUACUCUAGCAUUGACCCUCUGCUGAACCGCAGCCGUCUGACUGUGCUGCAGUCAGUCCAAGCUCUGACAGAGAUCCAGGAUUUCCUCCAUUACAUCACAGGUGAAGUCUCGGUGUCCUCAUUGAAACACGUGAUCAAGCGGUGGACUACUCGCUACCCUGAUGCUAAAAUCGACCCAAUGAAUGUUUGGGAUGACAUCAUUACAUCUCGUUGUUUCUUCCUGGAUAAGAUCUGGGAGAAGCUGAACUCUUCUCCUGCUAACAGUAUGGAAGUGGAUGGAGCCGAGCAGGAAAGCACAGAAGAUUUAGGAGCCCUAGUGAAGCAGUGCAAGUUCAAUAUGAAACUAAGCAUGGCAGACAGUGCCUGGAAACAGAACAAUUUCUCUGUGGCAACCAAGCUGUUAAAAGAGCUUCACAGGGAAGCGAAAACAGAGAACGCUUGGCUGCGGCGCUGGGUUCACUGCUUCACCCGCUUCACCCACCGUAGAAGCCAGAGUAUCGGACCAGCCGAGCAGAUCAGCUCCCUGCUCAAGACUGUCCCUCUGCUUGAGGAGACUGAGAGGCAGAGUGAAGGCUCCACGGGCAGUGUGUUGAGAGAUCAAAGGAUCCUUCUGGGCUCAACCUUCGACCUUUUGGCUAGUUCUGUGCACCGUAGUCCCUCUACUCUGGAGGCCCUCAGUGAAGAAAAGGCACAGAGAGUUCUGGAACUUUCCAGAGCCUCUCAGAGUGACCAGGUAGUGGAGGGUCUGCAGAAGCGUGCUCUGGAGCUGUUAUGCAGUGCUGCUCGCAGGGCAGAGGAAGAGGAGCAGUCAUUUAGCCACAAGCAUGCAGACACAGUUGGCAUUGUGGAGGCCUACAUGACUCUUGCCAACUUCUGUGACCAGAGGCUAAGGGAGGAUGAGCAAAGAGGAGAGGCAAGUUCUCCGAAGUUCCAGUCUUUGCCUGCUCAUGUGGUGAACAUGAUGCUUAAAGCUUUAAAGCUCCACUCUGAGGAAGCCAGACUCAAGUUCCCCCGCUUACUGCAGCUGGUGGAACUCUACUCUAAAGAGAGCCUGGACCUAAUGGCCAAAGAGGUGGUGAGUGUGCCCUGCUGGCAGCUGAUUGGCUGGAUCAGUCAGAUGAUGGCCCUGUUGGACAAGCCAGAGGCAGUGGCUGUUCAGCAUGUAAUCAAAGAGAUUGGAGAGUGCUACCCACAGGCCCUUGUCUACCCUUUCAUGAUAAGCAGUGAGAGCUACACAUUUGAAGAUUCUGCUAAUGGUCACAGGAACAAGGAGUUUGUGGAGAAGCUAAAGUCAAUAUUGGAUAAAGGAGGAGUGAUUAAAAAGUUUGUUGAUGCUCUUCAGCAACUCACCAAUCCUGAAAUGCUUUUCAAGGAUUGGUGGGAUGAGGUCAGAAAUCAGUUGGAGAAUCCAAACAUGGAUAAAAAGAUGAUGAGGGAGCUGUAUGGAGAAAUGAGCGCCUCUCUGUGCGAUUCAAAAGCCCAAGGAUUUGGAUCGUUCCGAAAGAAAUUUGUUCAGAAAUUUUCCAAAGAAGUUGAGAAGCUUUUAGGCCCAGGUGGCUCAAAGCUUUAUGAGAAACGCAAGGAUAAGGACUACAUUAAGAAAGUGGAUGAGCUGGCUGUGUCCAUGAGAGGCUGCCAAAAAGAGCCGGGGAACCUGAAGGAGUACUCGCCCUGGCUCAGCAACUUUAGAGUGGAGGCACUAAAAAGCGAGCUGGAGGUGCCAGGGCAGUAUGAUGGUAGAUCUAAACCUCUUCCAGAGUAUCAUGCAAAAAUCACAGGCUUUGAUGAGAGGGUGAAGGUCAUGACUUCCAUUCGUCGCCCAAAGCGUGUGAUCAUGCGGGGCGAUGAUGAGAGGGACCAUCCUUUCCUUGUGAAAGGAGGAGAGGACCUUCGGCAGGACCAGCGCAUCGAGCAGCUCUUUGGCGUCAUGAACAUCAUCCUCAGCCAAGACGCAGCUUGUUCCCAGCGUAGCCUAAUGCUGCGCACCUAUCAGGUUAUUCCCAUGACCAGCAGGAUUGGGCUUAUAGAGUGGAUGGAGAAUACAUGCACACUGAAAGACUUUCUGGCCAGCAGAAGGACUGAUAAAGAGCAGACGACCAUAACACGGCCUAAUGAAAUAUAUGAUGCUUGGCUAAGUAAAGUUACUAGGAAUGUGAAUGGAAUAAUGCGAUAUGCUGAAGUAUAUAGGAAGGCAAACCGCACAGACACUGUAAAUAACUUUAAGAGGAUCGAGCAGACCGUGCCAGAGGAUCUGCUGAGACGAGCCUUCGUAAAGAUGAGCACCACCCCUGAGGCGUUCCUCUCACUGCGUUCUCACUUUGCUAGCUCCCAUGCACUGCUCUGUGUCAGUCACUGGGUGCUGGGCAUCGGAGAUCGUCAUCUCUCCAACUUCAUGAUCAACACUGAAACAGGAGGCAUGGUUGGCAUCGACUUUGGCCAUGCUUUUGGAUCAGCCACUCAGUUUCUGCCAGUGCCGGAGUUGAUGCCUUUCCGGCUUACGCGGCAGUUUGUGACUCUGAUGCGGCCCAUGGCAGAGUCCGGUCUGAUCCGCAGUGUGAUGGUGCAUUCACUCCGUGCCUUCAGAAACGACCCUGACCUGCUGCUCAACACCAUGGAUGUGUUCGUCAAAGAGCCUUCUCUGGACUGGAAGAACUUUGCUGUGAAGCAGUUAAAGAAAGGAGGAACCUGGACUGAAAAUGUGGAUACCCAAGAGAUCAACUGGUACCCACUGCAAAAGGUCAACUUUGCUCGUAGGAAGUUAGAGGGAGCCAACCCCUCAGUUAUAACAAGUGAGGAGCUGUGUCUAGGCUUUGAGAAAGCUGCUGCGUUUAAUGCCAUGCAGGCUGUGGUUCGAGGAAGUGAGGAACACAAUAUACGUGCCCGACUUGGUGAGAAAGAUCUGAGUGUGGAAGACCAGGUGGACUGUCUUAUUGAUCAAGCGACGGAUCCCAAUCUCCUGGGCAGGGUGUGGAUAGGCUGGGAACCAUGGAUAUAAGUGAGCUUAAGGGCAUAAUCUUUAUAUGCACAUGACUUUCAUGUUUCAACUGGGCUUCCUCUUCAUUUCAUUGACUGAGUUUUUUUUGCCACAAUAUCUCUGACUACACCAUACUGACACACCAAAGUCUGUGGUAAUUCAAUUAUGGCCAACAAUUUGAGAGCUUUCAGAUUUAUCUAUGAAUCUUUAUCAGAUUGCGAAGUGACGUCAUCAUACCAGUGAUGUAACACGUUAUCACGAUGUGGUACUCCACCCUUAUGGUCAGUUGCCUGAAUGGAUUUAUUGUUGUGUUUGACAGAACAGCUUCCAAUAUCAGUUGGCCUGUGUCACUGUGGGGACUACUGGUCACAAACUGGGAGAUCAAGUGUCAGCUCUGGGGCAGUAAUUAUAUUAGUUUCACUUCCAUGUUUGAGGUCUUGUCUGUCAGUUUGGGCACACUUAUGGAAUUCUGCUGAAAGUAUGUAUAAACUCAAAUAAAGUUUUCUUUGUUCAUGAAAUGUCAGCUAGAAUAAUAAUUUCGAAAACUGUAUGCAUCGUCUA